ACCAGCGGAGGAGGUGUUCCUGGUGGCCAUCUUUGAUGCGCGAAGUGAUUGUUUGGCGAAUAGAAAUAAUAGGAAAUAAAAAUAUAGCGUAAAAAGUUGGAAAAUUGUGCCGGAGCCGAAAGGAAUAUUAAGAGGAAGAGUGAAACUCGAGAAAAUAAGUAAAAGAAGGCAUGAAGAAAACAUCAUAGUCGAGACGUCAUGGCUGAUAAAAGGAAACUUCAAGGUGAAAUAGACAGAUGUUUAAAGAAAGUUGCAGAAGGUGUAGAGCAGUUUGAGGACGUUUGGAAAAAGCUCCACAAUGCAGCCAAUGCCAAUCAAAAAGAAAAAUAUGAAGCAGACCUCAAGAAAGAAAUAAAAAAAUUACAGCGGCUUCGAGACCAGAUUAAGACGUGGGUCGCCUCCAAUGAGAUCAAAGACAAAAAACAGCUAGUAGAAAACCGAAAACUCAUAGAAACGCAAAUGGAGCGUUUUAAAAUUGUUGAACGGGAGACCAAAACGAAAGCGUACUCUAAAGAGGGACUCGGUCUCGCUCAGAAAGUUGAUCCUGCACAAAAAGAGAAAGAAGAGAUCGGGCAGUGGUUAACGAGCAUGAUCGACACUUUGAACAUGCAAGUGGAUCAGUUUGAGAGUGAGGUAGAGUCACUGUCCGUCCAGACCAAGAAGAAAAAAGGAGAUAAGGAGAAGCAGGAUCGGAUCGAGGAGCUAAAACGAAUGAUCGAGCGGCACCGGUUUCACAUUCGCAUGCUCGAGACUAUCCUGAGAAUGCUGGACAACGAUUCGAUACAGGUGGACGCUAUCCGCAAGAUUAAAGACGAUGUAGAAUACUACCUUGAUUCUUCUCAGGAUCCAGACUUCGAAGAGAACGAGUUCAUCUACGAUGACAUUGAUAUGGAGGAGAUAAGUAAGUUUUUGUUUUUGCGGACAAGGAUUGCAUUGAAUGUUCUGUUCUCGAUCAUAAUUAUUUUUCACCAUCCAGCCCAGCCAGUAGUGGCCACAUCUCCGCCAGGCAACAUGGACGAUGAACUUUUCCAGCACUCCAGUUCUACGCCGACUUCCACGACAUCCUCUUCCCCCAUCCCUGUCUCGCCAGCUACUUGCACUACGAAUUCGGAAGAUGAAAAGAAAAGAGGUCGUUCGACAGACAGCGAAAUCAGUCAGUCACCUAUCAAGAAUGGAAAUCCAUCUUCAUCGCUAUCCUCCUCGUCCUCAUUAUCGUCAUCCUCGGGAGCCUCUUCAAACUCUUCGAUCUCAAUGGCAACCAUCACCAGCUGUGGAAGCUCAAUAUCAGGGGGCAACAUGGGAGUCUCUCCUCCAAACUCUAGCAGCUACAGUUCAGCAACCCAGCAACUAUCACAGCAAAACCAACUUCAGCACCAGCCCAAAACCCCCUCCCAGUCCAGCACAAGCUCUGCCUCCAUCAACAGUAUCUUACUCCCAACACCCAUCUCCACCUCACCACCCACAACCAGCAUACCAAGCCCUCAAACGCCCAUCUCCCAAAACCAGCCUACCGGUAUGUUGGGUUCCACCUCUGUUUUGGGCCUGGGAAAGGUUACAACAACAACAACGAGCGUUGCGAACCAGAUCCCCAGCCUGGCACUUUCAGGGAUGCCGGCAUCCUUAAGCAGCAUGGCUGGGUUUUUGAGCGGAUCUACGCCUUACGCGCAAGCGGCCGCAUCAGGUUCAGUUAGCGGUGGGCUGUCGGGGUCUCUCGGGACGAAUGUCAGCAGCACCAGCUCAAGUGGACUUGUAACCUCAUUGGGACCCAACGGAAGUCUAGGGUCCACAAACCUCUUGGGCUCAGGUGUUUUCGGUCUUGGGUCGACACAGUCUGUUGUGGAGCCUCUGGUGGGUCUUAGCCCUGUGGGAGGAGGAUUGACACCAGGGAGCAAUAUUGGAGUAAUAGGCAGCAACAUAGGGACCUCUGGGACUACAAGCUCAUCGGGUAUGGGAAGUGGAGUGUUACCUCAGCCGCCAAGUGGACCGAAACAAAAUGGUGGUACAAGUUAUAGUGCCGUGGUAGCAGACAGCACGUCAGACUCCACCCUCACUAGUGUCAGCCAAUCACAAAACAGCCAAUCCUCCUUAAAUUCGUCAACAAAUCAGCCUAAGGACAAUGGGUCCAGCCUUUUGGGGUUGAUGACUUUGCCGCCCAGCUCGCCCUCUCCAUCAUACAGCGAAAGUAAACCAGUUGGUGUAAGCCUGCUGAAUGGUCCUCACUCGUAUACACAGGCUGUCGACACCAUCAAGCCUCAGGAGCCUCUGAGCUCUUUAAAAUCCAUGGCAGAGAGGGUUGCUCAUGGCUCAGGGUUAGAAGGAGAGCUGUCUGCACUACAUAUCACUAGUGAUAUCUUCCCCAGCUCUACGACUCCUUCGGGCACUCCUGCAGUUCCUCAGCUAAUUCUGACGGAGGUGAACAUCGCCCCUUCGUUGGGUGUGUGCCCACUGGGCCCUGUCCCCCUUUCCAAAGAGCAGCUCUACCAGCAAGCCAUGCAAGAGUCUGCCUGGACGCACAUGCCUCGCCCGUCUGAUUCAGAGAGGAUCAGGCAGUACCUGAUGAGGAACCCCUGCCCAACACUGCCUUUCCACCACCAGGUGCCACCUUCUCAUUCUGACACUGUGGAGUUUUACCAGAGACUGUCUACAGAAACCCUCUUCUUCAUCUUUUACUAUUUAGAGGGUACGAAGGCACAGUAUCUAGCAGCCAAGGCCUUGAAGAAGCAGUCAUGGCGGUUUCACACAAAGUACAUGAUGUGGUUCCAGAGGCACGAGGAGCCUAAGACCAUCACGGAUGAGUUCGAGCAAGGGACAUACAUUUACUUCGACUAUGAGAAAUGGGGCCAGAGGAAGAAAGAAGGAUUUACAUUCGAGUAUAGAUAUCUCGAAGACCGAGACCUUCAGUGACAAACAGACAAACACCAAGAACGGAAGACUUCUGCCGACAUUCCGGACUGAAUCAACACGCACAUACACACUCUCUUUCAUUCACAAAAGUGGAGACCCAGAUGAAUGUGCGGGGCUGUUUUAUGUCUCGCUGGUGCAAAAAGCAUCUGGGGCUCCAAUCGUCCCCUUUGACGUGCCACUCCCUUUGUGACCCCGCCCCCUACUUCCAUUAGACCUGACAGCAUUGAAUCUCAACUUCUCACACCCACCUUAGGUCCUGCAAUUUUACGGAGCAUUAUUGCACCAAAGCAAUAUUUGAAGUAGCAGCAAGAUUACAAAAUACACAAAUAGGUCUGCAGAAUUGAUUUAGCCGCGACAUUAAACUGCAUAAGCGGUAAAAGCAUUUUCUGAGCUACAAUAAGCGUUAAUACCGUUGAAGUGAACAUCAGCUUAAAUUUUAUGGCAUAACCAUUUUUUGCCAUGCAGACAUGCCCAAAAAAGCGCAGGAUUUAAUUCAUACAUAUGCGCUUUAUAAUACAUGCCCUGUGUUUUAUUAGUGAUAUUUCUAACUUUGCUACCACUGUGAUGAGAGACUUGAGCCCCAGCUAAAGCACAUACUGUUAAAGGUGUGUUUAUAGGCAUUUACAAAUAGCAAAGAAACCAAGUCUCUCAGAAUUUGUGAGGUUGUGAUAAAGACUCUGUGAUCUGUGUUUAAUAUAAAUAUAUAUAGCUUUUUUGGGCUAAGAAAGGGAAUUAACCGACGUGUAUAUUAUUAGGCUAAAUAUAUAUCAGUGUUGUCACAUUUUUCACUAGAACCCAAGGACGCAUAGAUUUCACAUUUAACACUGUAUGUCUUACGACAUACUCAGAAAUUUCCAGCGUUUCAUGCAAAAUAUUGUUCCCCCUUUUUGUCUGUGCUGUACGGAUUUGCAACCAGAGAUAAUUUAGUGCUGCUGAGCGGGAUGUGGCCAUUUGUUUUAAAAUUUUAAAUUCGUCAAAAUUAGAGGCAUUCAACUAGUACAAAAUGCCCAUGCACACCAUCUUGUUUUUAUUGCAACGUUUAUCUUUCACGAUGAGCGUGUGGAAGAGAGCAGAAAUGUGAAGUAUAUAUAUAUUUUUUCCUAACUGGAAAAGUGUUGUACAGAACGUUUGUUCUCCCCGAUUUCAUUUGAACGGCAUGAGAAAUUACACUCGUGAAGUGGACUGGAGUAAAUAAAACCAUUGCAAUGAAAGUAAAGACUGUAAAAUAUAAAUAAA